CAGUAAUCAAAAAGGCGCGCAGAGUGAAGUGUAAAACGAGAAUUGAAAACGUUCGAAAUUGACAAACGAAAUACUUUGCUCGAGAACGAGAGAAUUUCUUCUUUUUCGCAUUAUCUAACUGUACGAUAUAGUAAUAGAGGCAGCUAAUGAAAGCGAACUGUAAAUAGGUCUUUCAUAUCCCGCAUAAUUUCGAAGCGAAAUAGAGUGGAUACAUAAAUAGGUUAUACUUUAUGAAACGUUAUAGUCGCUCAUCGAAGUGCGAAAUUAAUUAUUAUCCAUUAAGAUGGAUUCAUCUUCAUGCGAUUCGUCAGUGGAAAUAAAAAUAGAAAAUGAGGACGACGAACUGUUCGAUUCAAUUAUAUGUAUGAAUAAUAAAGACAUUGUCGAAUCGAAACAAAAUAGUACGAAGGAGGAAAAUGAUUUAGACAAUAAUACUUGGGAUGAAGAUAUAAUAAAUGCAAAAAUUUAUGAAAAUGCGCAAAACUAUGAAGACUGGAAUGCACAAAAUGACGAUACUCGAACGGAGCAUAAAAAAAGUGAGGACAACAUUAGAUAUAUAGAGUACAAAGAUAAUGUAAAGAAUAAGCCGGAGAAUUCGCAUACGCUGCGCAAGAGAGCAAGGCAAGACAGUAUGGAUAAUGAGGAUGUUAAGGUAUCUCGUAUCAGACGUUAUUCCACUGACUCGAGCUCGACCACGAAUUCGUCAGAGAGUAGUAAAAAGCACAUAGAGUUCGAGACAGAUCCGAUUGUAUUGGCACGCAGGCAAAAGGAAAUAGAUUAUGGCAAAAACACUAUCGGAUAUGAUAGAUACAUUCAGCUGGUUCCCAAAGAGAAUCGAACACGAGAACAUCCAAGGACACCACCAAAAUAUAUCAAAUACAGUAGGAGAGGCUGGGAUGGUAUGGUGAAAUUAUGGCGAAAACAACUACACUCUUGGGAUCCUCCUCAAGAAAAUGACAAGGCUGAUUAAAAGACUAAAGUCAUUUUCAAUAAAAUCAAUUUUAAUAAAA